AUGAGCGAGAAAGAGGCCAUUGCGGUGGCGGCACCGGCGGCAGCGUCUGGCUUUGCCGACGCGCCGCCCGAAUACUCGGCGGUCAGCACGACGCGGCCAACCGCCCGGCCGAUGUCGAUGUUUGCGGGCGCGUCACCGGUGGGAUCUGGUCUCGGGCCCUUGGCGGGACCGACAGCAGCACAGAGGACGUCGCCGGGGCCAUCGCACGCGCGGACGCUGUCGCAGCGACGGUCGCUGCUGCCAGCACCGCCACCGAUGAGCCUGCCGAUCCUGCACCACCUGCGGACGCACCGGGUGAUCCUGGCGUCAGCCUCGCCGCGGCGGCGGUCGCUUCUGGCGCAGAUCGGGCUGGCACACCUGGAGAUCUGGCCGUCGACGGCGCCCGAGGACCUGCCCAAGGCGGUGUAUGGGCCGUUUGAGUACGUGGCCGCGACGGCUCGCCGCAAGUGCAUGCACGUGUACCAGGAGGCGCUCGUGGCCCAGGAGGAGGCCGUGGCCGCGGGCGCGACCAAGGCGAAUGCUGUGACGGCUGCUGCCCAUGGCGAUGUCCGCGACCCUGAGCUCGUCAUCGCUGCUGACACCGUCAUCGCGUCGCGCGCCGGCCAGAUCGUCGAGAAGCCGCGGUCGGCCGCCGAACAUGCCAAGAUGCUCCGCCAUCUCCGCGACACGCGCGUGCACCAGGUGCUCACGGCCGUCUGCGUGCUCAGUCCGCGGCGCGACGCCGCUCAUCCCGGCUACUGCAUCCAGGCCCACACCGAGGAGACCAAAGUCUGGUUUGUCAGCGAGGCCGACGGCCUCACCGACGACGUCAUCGAUGCGUACGUCCGCACGCGCGAGGGCGCCGACAAGGCUGGCGGCUAUGCCCUCCAGGGCGUCGGCGGCCUGCUUCUCGUCGACCACAUCGAGGGCAGCGUCGACAAUGUCGUCGGCCUGCCCGUCCGCCGCUGUCUGCAGCUCGCCGAGGUCGCCAUCUUCCAGCAGGACAAGCCGGAUGACGAGGACGAGCCGACGCCCGCCGGGCUGACUCGCACAUGCACGGAUGCUGGCAGCGCUUCGCCGGAAGCCCCGGCCGUCCUGACCGCCGUGUGCCAGACGGGCGUUGAGCCUGCAUCGUUGCAGAGGCCCAUCUCCCCAGCCUACCCCUCCUUCCUUCCCGGCGUCUACAGCGCACAGGUGAUGCGGCCUGCCAUUGGCCAGGCCCCUCUGCAGCCUGGACAGUCCAGCAACCCCAAAAUUAGCACAGUCGCCCGCGCUCCCGCUGGAAACAUCCCUGUCCGUCCAACCAGCGGUCGCCAAGGUGCGGGUGGAGACGCCGUAGUGGCCCAAGACCACCCAACCAGUGCCCCUGCUACUACUCGUCUCUUGCAGCUGUGCUGUCAAGGCCGCAUAUUCUCGACCCCCUGGCCGGCGCUUACGCCGUACUGCAGCUUCGAAGAGAAGAGAGAAAGAGAAGAGGAAAAGAAAAAAACUCUCAUACCCGGUCAGAAGGGCAAUGGGCUCCCUUCCGUCUCUUCUCCGUAUCUCGCCCCAGCAGCAGACAUCAUGUCCGCGUCGGCACCACCACCCGCCGGGGGUUUCUCCCUCUUUCCCAGCACCGGACGGCCUCCCUCGAGAUCACAGCCCGUGCGAACGCAACAGCAGGCCGUCUCGCCCGCCUCUCCUGUGUCUCCCGGGUCGCUCGCAGAUCAGCCCCAAGACCAUAAUCCGACCGUCGGCGAGGCUGUCACGGCUGAGGUGCGGAUAGAGCGGCCUGCCCCGGUGGCUGACGUUCCCUGGCGCUCUGAGGCUGUCCAGUAUGAUACCCAGACGCUUGUCCGCAGCGGCAGCGCCCGUUCACGCAGCUCCAUCGCCAAGAUGCGUCUGUCCAUAUAUGACCCUGACGCACCGCCACCGUUUGACGCUUCCCCACCGCCCCCUCUACCGGGGCCGUCGUCAGUGGCAGCUGCCGCAGGUUAUGGUUGGAUAUUCUCACAAGAGCAGCAACAGCAACGGCAACAACAACAGCAGCAGCAGCAACAACAGCAGCAACAGCAGCAACAGCAGCAACAGCAGCAACAGCAACAGCAACAGCCGCAGGAACAACAAAGCCAGCCAGCCCUCCGUUCCAUCUUCCCACAGUACAAUCCCGAGCUGUCACUCGACCAGCAGGAUUACUAUCCCACGCAGACCAGCCCGGGUCGCAUCCCUCGCGGCAUCAUCAGCCGGCCUCUGUACUCACCCACGCAACAGGAUCACGAUCAGGAGCACGAGCAGAUGGACCUGGACAGCGCACACGAGCAGCACCAGCGCCAGAACCAAUACCCGUAUCUGUACCAGCCUCAGGGCCCACGCCAGAAGCCACAUGGGCGCCAUCUGACCCUGCAGACGAGCGGCCCAGCCCUGGCACCGCCGACCGUGUAUUCUCCCCCACCACCAGCCGUACCAGCGCCAGCGCCAACACCAAAACCAGCACCGGCACCAGCACCAGCACCAGCACCACCAGCCGUCGCUCCGGUACGACAGGCGUUGCCGGUACCACGAAUGGGCGGCGGGCGAGAGGCACCAACGCUGCCGGUAGCGUCGACGACGGAGGAGCUGCGCAGCCUUUGGAAGGUGGCCAACGGCUGGAAGGCCGGGCCCUCCGAGGGGCGGGUGUACUGUAUGCACGUGACGUGCGACAAGGACGCGCCGGUGUACCGGUUGUCGUCAGCGAGCCAGCAGCCGCUGUACCGGAUGCGCGUAGAUCCAACGUCGAUGUCGGCGUAUGUGACGCUGUCGCGUCACGAUCCGGCGCGGCCGUUCAAGCCGGAGAGCGGUCGGGGCCGUCGUGGCAGCAGUGGUGAUGCGCUGGUGGCAGCAGCCGCAGCAGCAGCCGGAGGACUUAUCGGUGGGAGUCGUCGGGGCAGCCUGGACGAGUCUGCGAGCGGUGAGGGCGUCCCGUCGGGGAGUGGCAGCGCCACCCGAUCAUCUGGCACUGGUCCUGGCUUGAAUAGCGUGUCUGCAGCCGCUCUGGCGGCCGAGAUCAAGACCAACACGCGGCACGACGCCAGCAAGCACUGGCAGGCAGCGCUGACGACCACGCUCGAGGAAGAGGCGCGUCGACACCAGCCGAGCGAUGGACUCGUGGCGCUGCUGUACCCACAACAGGCGGCGCGCAUGGCACUCGAGCAGCCCGGCAGCUCGGCAACAGUGGCAACGGCAGAGCGUGAAUGUGCCCGGCUGGUCUGGGACGAUGACUCGGCGCGCUUCUUUCUCGUGCACCCGGUCCUGGCGCUGCCGUUUUGCGUCGGCAUCGAGCGCAGCGCCACGUGGAGCCGCACUGCCUACACGCUCGAGCAUCUCGAGUCGCCCCAGCAUCUCGCCCGCCUGACUCGUGAUGGCACCGGUGCUGGCUGGCUCGAGAUCGAUACCGCCAUCGCCAGCAAGAUCGAUGCCGCCUACCUCGUCGACGUCGUUGUCGCCGCCCUGCUGCUGGUCGCCCAUGGCGACGACCAUUUUGCCCAUGUCGGCUCGUUUGCGCCGCCGCCCCCCGCUGAUAUCGGCAUCCCCCCCGGUCGUCCGUCCUUUGGCUCGGCCACCGCUCGCGGCACCGCCGGCAGCGGCAGCAGCCUCGUCAAUUUCGUCGUGAGCGGUGCUGUUGCUGCCGUCGGCCACAGGAGCUCCAGCCGGCUCAGCAACCUAGUCGGCCCCGUCGGCGGCGACAACAACGGCAGCAGCAAGAAGAGCAAGGACAAGAAGCACGGGAAGAAGCGCGGCCGCAUGGAGGAGCUCGACCUCGACCUCGAGAGCCAGACCAGCAUCGACCUGGCCGGCAAGACGUUUGAGCUCAGCAGCUCCGCCAGAAACAAGUCACGCCAAAAGAACAGGCGCCGGCGGGUUGACGACGACGAAAAGAUGCCCGGCUGUUUCCGCCUCAUCGCUGCUCUGCUCAAGUUCUGCUUUUGGUGCGUCUCCAUCGCUGUGCGCGCCGUCAUCGCCAUCGUCAGCACGCUCUUCCGUUGCAUCACGAACGAGAAGCUGUGA